AUGCCUCUUAUCAAUCCUGGCCAGUGGUACAUCAUCAUCUGCCCAUUUGUCAUCCUCCUGGAGGAGUUCCUGGCAUCUCCCCGAGGACAUUCCUUUAUCAAAGUAUUUCAUGAUGAACACCAUGACUUCCUGCCCAAGGAGGCCCUCAUCUAUCACACCUGCAUGGAUCAACCAGAGAUAGGAUUUCACAUCUUGAACAUCCUUUCACACUAUUUCAAUGCAUCCCUGAAGUCCCUCAUAUGUGGGCUGCAGUUGAAGAUGAUUGGAUCAGAUUGCAUGCUGGUAUUUUUCAACUUGAACAGAGAAGUAGAUGGAUGCAAGGUUGAGUAUGGUCUUCUGGUGGUGAAGCAGAUGUCUGGAUGUUCAGGACGGGACGGAAGUGAGGCACAUACAUUCUACCUUACUCAGAAAACAAGUCUGUCCAUGUUUCAGAGCAAUCAAGACCACCACUACAUCAAAGGCCUGGAUGAUGCCUGUUUAGCAAUCACUGCCCAUAAGGUCAGGGCACUCACCUUGUGGUAA